AAGAGAAAUAACAAGUAGAGAUAUACAAUACAAAUUCUUUUUUUUUUCUUUUUUGAGAAACCGUAGCGAAGAGGAAAAUGUCAAACAGUUCGGAUCAAUUGAUAGUAUGUUACGCUCCAACAAUGAUAACGACGAAUGGUAUUUGGCAAGGGGAUAACCCGUUGGACUACUCUCUGCCACUAUUCAUAUUGCAGGUCUUGCUCAUCAUCGUUACCAUUCGUUUUCUUGUUUUUAUCUUGAAGCCCUUUCGUCAACCUCGUGUCAUUUCCGAGAUCCUUGGUGGUGUAAUAUUGGGUCCAUCACUGCUAGGACAAAGCAAACAAUUUGCAAACAAUAUAUUCCCACCUCGGAGUGUAAUGAUUCUCGAGACAAUGGGAAACGUAGGCCUCUUAUUCUUCCUCUUCCUCGUCGGAGUAGAAAUGGACAUUGCCGUAAUUAGAAGCACAGGAAGAAGAACAUUCGUAAUUGCAAUCGCCGGCAUGAUUCUACCGUUCCUAAUCGGCGUUUCAUUCGCCUUCACACUCCACGAGAGCACGCAGUGGGUCAAAUUAGGCACUUUCAUUUUAUUCCUAGGCGUAGCGCUUUCCGUCACAGCGUUCCCCGUGCUCGCUCGUAUUCUAGCAGAGCUCAAACUUCUCAACACCGAGAUCGGGCGAAUAGCUAUGGCUUCGGCUCUCUUUAACGACAUUUGUGCAUGGAUUCUCUUAGCCAUUGCGAUUGCCAUAGCCGAGAAUGAGUCGUUGUCAUUGUCUUCAUUGUGGGUGGUGCUUUCCACCGGAGCGUUUGUUCUUUUCUGCUAUUAUGUAAUGAGGCCGCUCGUUUGUUGGAUCGUUAGAAGAACGCCCGAAGGGCAGUUGAUUAGCGAAGUGUACAUAUGCCUCAUUCUUACGGGAGUUAUGAUAUCGGGUUUUAUAACCGAUGCUAUUGGAACGCAUUCUGUUUUUGGCGCUUUCAUCUUUGGCUUAGUUAUCCCUAGUGGGCCGAUUGGAGUGACACUAAUAGAGAGGCUCGAAGAUUUUGUUACGGGACUAUUGCUACCACUCUUCUUUGCGAUUAGUGGAUUGAAAACGGACCUUACUUUGAUAAACGGAGUCGGGACGUGGGCCAUUCUCGGGCUUGUGAUUGUUCUUGCUUGUGCAGGAAAAGUUACCGGCACUCUACUCGUUUCUCUUUACUAUAGAAUCCCAUUUUACGAAGGGCUAACACUUGGUUUGCUCAUGAACGCCAAAGGGCUGGUGGAGAUGAUUGUUCUUAAUGUUGGGAAAGACCAACAUGUUCUUGAUGAUAAGUCGUUUGCGAUUAUGAUCGUAGUGGAAAUUGUUAUGACCGCAGUAAUCCAGCCGAUAGUGACAAACAUAUACAGGCCGGGGAGGAAGCUCGUGGCUUACAAAAGGAGAACAAUCCAAAGAACCAAACUCAAAGGCGAGUUUCGUCUCCUAGUGUGCGUGCACGUUCCGAGAAAUGUGCCGACGAUAAUCCACCUUCUAGAAGCAUCCAACCCCACAAAGAAAUCUCCAAUUUCCUCCUACGUCCUCCACCUUGUCGAGCUCACCGGUCGUGCAUCGGCAGUGCUCAUCGUCCACAACACUAGAAAAUCCGGCCGAUCGGCACUCAACCUCGCGCAGGCCCAAUCGGAGCACAUAUUCAACGCCUUCGAGAAUUUCGAGAGGCAAGGGGGUUUCGUGACGGUGAACCCCCUCACCGCAAUCUCGCCUUACUCGACAAUGCAUGAAGACAUAUUCACCGUCGCAGAGGACAAACGAGUGGCGUUCAUUAUAAUCCCUUUCCACAAACAACAAACGGUGGACGGAGGUAUGGAGGCCACGAAUCCCGCUUUCCGCAUUAUCAAUCAGAGCGUAUUGGCCAACGCGCCUUGCUCGGUCGGAAUACUCGUAGACAGGGGACUCAACGGGUCCAGCAGAGCGUCGGCCAAUCAAAUGUCGCACCACCAUAUAGCGCUGCUCUUCUUCGGGGGGCCCGACGACAGAGAGGCGAUGGCCUUGGCUUGGAGAAUGUCCGAGCACCCACGCAACAGCCUCACCGUAAUGCGCUUCGUCCUCGGAGAAACCGCACCGGACACCACAAAGGGAGGAGAUAUGGCGGACGCGGUGGCUAAUAGUAGUAUCGAGACAGGGCAUGAGACAUUAACCGUUUUAACCGACGACGACAGAGAGAAGGAGAUGGACCAGGCGUACAUAAACGAGUUUAGGGCCGCGACAAUGAACGAUUCUUCGGUGCACUAUGUCGAGAAAGUGGUGAAUCACGGGGAGGAAACGGUGGCUGCAAUAAGGUCGAUAGAUACAAGACAUGACAUGUUUGUAGUCGGGAGGGGACACGGAAUGAUAUCGCCCGUCACGGCAGGGCUUAGCGAUUGGAGCGAGUGUCCCGAGCUUGGAGCAAUAGGUGAUUUAUUAGCUUCGUCGGAUUUUGCGACAACAUAUUCGGUGUUAGUGGUGCAACAAUAUGUAGGGAUGGAGGGGCAUGGAGAACAUAUACUCGGCUCGCCCGAUAGCCCCCAGCACCAUGUACCUGCUUUUGGUCAUCGGCGGCCACCACUGCCGCCGCAGCAAGAGCAGGCUAUUUUCCGACCACAACCCUAA